GUCUCGCUCAAAACGCCAUGUGAGUUAGGUCGCUUGUAGUGCGUGACUUUUACCAUAAACAUUUUCCUCUGUGGCAUUGUUUCAUUGCAUCUUGUCUGUAUCUGACCCCUCACUCAGCUGUGUAUUCCCUGUCUGGAACCUGUCAUCCACACAAACAAGCUGUGCCCGUGAUCCCCGUAUUUAACCUCAUGGCUGAAGAUUCUCGGGCCCAGUUGGACGAUGGUCCUGAUGAAGGAUCUGAUGGGCCCCAGAACCCUUCUAAUCUGACCAUUCGACGAGCAUGCGAUGCAUGCCGGACUCGCAAGGUAUGUACAUAUCAAUCUAAUCAAUCUCUUAUGUAUAUCACUCCAUCGAUGCUCCAGUCAUUAAAGGCCACUAGCCACAGAGGCUGGGGUGAAGAGUGGAAGCCAUCCUCAACAUGGUCCUAGCUCUCACUUGAGAUUAUUUCACUCAGCCCAACAACUAUAUCUAAAUAGUAACAUCAAUCUAUGUAGAUCCGCUGCGAUAGAAACUCGCCCUGCUCUCAUUGCAUUCAUGCCAAGAUUCCGUGUACACACCAUGAUACUCGUCCAAAGGAGAAGAGAACCAGGAUCCUUCUCUCAGCCCAAUAUGAGAGAAAGAUCGACAUCAUUGACCGUCGUCUUGAGGCCCUCACCGAGCUCAUGCGUGAUAUGAAGAUGAACAUGUCAUCUACAAGCACCCAACCCAAUCAGAACCACAUGCCCAGCUCUGAUGUUCCCCGCCAAUCACCAGCUCAGGCCUCGAGCUCAACACCCUAUGGGCACCUCGCUCAGCAAACCGCAGACAGCCCGGUUAUCGAAGGAGAAUCUUCCUUGGCUGCUCAUGGUGAAUUUGCAAACGAAUUCCUAAAAAAUGCUGUUGGUACAGAGUCUUUACAGGGUGCUAGUCUUGAGCUACGUGAGACCUUGGAUUCACUACAUCACAUCGUCAGCUCUCUGAAACAACAGACGGCUGCCACGGAGAUGUCGUAUCCCCAUGCUAGGCAACUACCACGUCCAAGUCUAAAGAACAACGAGCUACCUCCAAUUCAAACAGCCGUUGCCUUGAUACGAGAAUCUGAGAACUCAGAAGUGUCUGCCUGGAUAAGGGAGUUCUUUUCUAUGGAAAGCUUCUCGGGCAUGUGUCUUCAUGUGUACUUCUCAGAAGAUGUCUCAGAGGCUGAUUUCAUCCUUGUGAAUGUUGGCCUGAUGUACAUGUUCAUGGAUCGCCAGCAGCGUACGACAGACGCAAAAGAGCAAGGGGAGUGUGAGGGCUACAUGAAAACACUUCGCGAAAACACCGAAACGGCGUUGGCAAACUUGCCUUUUCAUCUGCCUGCAACCUCAAACAUGAUUUCUGCCCUUCUUCUUGGAGCAUUUUAUGCUAUCGAGAUCUCAAAACCAUCACUCUCAUGGACUUUAUCAUGUAAAGCCUCCGAACUAUGUCAGACUCUAGGUUAUCACCGAAUAUCAACCAUGAAGAAUGACAAGCCGCGCGAGGCUCAGCGCAAACAGUUUCUAUUUUGGAACACAUACUUUAUAGACAAGAGUCUCUCCCUCAGGCUCGGCAGGGCUUCUACUAUUCAAGACUGGGAUGUCACCGUACCCCUUCUUACCUCGAACCCUCCCAAUGCUACGCCCCUAUCAGCCUUCAUUUGCCUCUGGGUCGCUACAGCUCGGUGUCAAGGACACAUAUAUGAGCUACUAUACAGCCCAGACUCUAUGACACAGUCAGAUGAUGUGAGGAGAUUCCGUGCUCAAAAGCUCGUGAACGAUCUGAAGGAUAUCUCGAGGAGGAGCAAGGAGCUGAGUAAAUCCCGCGAAAAGGAAGUCAAGACGAAUCUUGGGGAGUACUUCUUCGAUUUUGUUCUCAUCUCUGAUGAUGUUCUUCGACUUUCACUUCUGACUCUGAUCUAUCGAGCUACGCCUGCGCCGCCCAACUCCAAAGUGACAUUUAUUCCAGAGUGUAUUGAGGCUGCACGUGCAACACUGCAUCGCCAUCAAGAUUGCAUGGAUCUCUUGGGGCGGGAUAAUACUGUCUAUUUUCCUUCUUACGUCCAUUGGACACUGCUAUUUGCCCCUUUCAUUCCUUUCAUCGUUGUGUUCUGUCAAGUCAUUGAGACCCAGGACCAGACGGACCUCGCUCGUCUGCAUAGCUUCUGCACAUCUCUUGAGACGACCAUUCAAUUAUCAGAUGCAGCGGCGAAGACAUAUCGUCUGUUCCAGGUCCUCUAUACGGUAGCACUCCGAUACAUAGAGUUCCGGACAAGUACUCCUCCAGCCGACCAAACACAGGCCAGCGCUGAACUUAACAGCUAUCUCGCCGCUCUCGGAUUUCCACCAGCAGGUCUGAACAACGGGGUUCAACAAUCAACGCACAUGGACCCUAGUCAGGCCGAUGCAUUCUCACAACCUCUCGGGGAUAUGAGUAUGCUUGAUGGUGCCGAUGGCCAGAGAGGAGCAAACACGAUGAUGUGGAUGGGUAACACGGCGCAACUUGGUGAAUGGUUCAAUAGUAGUCAGCAAAUGAUGGAGUUGCUGGAGGAGCCCAGUUUCGCAUUCCCUCAGUGAAAGAAAAUAAGGGUUCGGACAAAUAAUGAGUUAAUAGAAAGUCACGUUCAUCCAUUCUGGAGACUAUAAAUACAACGCCAACCCAGAUGGGUUCGGCAUAAACCGAGCAUAGGAGCCAGUCCCGCAAUCGCACCUGAUUCAUCCUUGUCUCGCUAAUCAAGAAAGUCCUACAAUAGAGUUGAGCAGACUCAUUUCCAAAGUCAAAAUAGAGUGUGGCGCUUCUUGUUGAGGUGUAACGGUCCAACGUAAACAUUUCGGACAGUCUAAGCGAUGUAUACAAAUAUUCAAACGGUUUUUUAACUUUUAUCUCGAAAGCCUCAGUUCCUCGGACGCCCCUGAAUCGGGCACAAGCAUGGGGGAGCCCUCCAUUUCAUCCUCCAAAUUUCCAUGUCUCUCAACAUCAUCCAAAGGCUGUUUUGCAGCUGGUGGUUUCUUCAGCAUGACGACACCAAUAGCACUUCCUAGAAUAAGAGUACAUCCUGCGCCACUAAUGAAGUCCAUUCUGUGUCCAAAGACCCAUCGAUCGAAGCUUGCGGCGAAAAGCAUGUGUGUGUAAACCAUGGAAUUAGCACGGUUUGACUUGUCGGCCCCGAGGCCUGCCGUGAGAAGAUACUGCAUGAUGAAACCCAGAACACCCAGGGGAAGCAGGAGUACCCAUUGCUUGACUGUGGUCGGGGUAACCCAUCGUAAACCUGGUUGCUGAAUAUCGAGGAUAGGGGCAAAGAUGAGCAUGGAUAGAGCGAUGAAAGUCGAGAUGAUACCAAAAUAGUUGACUGAGAUGAGAGGAUGUGCUCGUUUCCCGAUGGUUCGGAGGGUCGUGAAGGCGCCAGCUGCUCCUAGAACACCCAGAAGGGCUAUACCAACAGCUAUCAAGCGUUCUUCAGGGGUGGCUUCAUGGUCAAUACCUGGUAUACCACUAGAUUCGGGCGGCUCGGUAGUCGAGUUGUCAUCGUCAGAGCCCGAGAAUAGUGAGGCAGGUCGAGCAAUUAGUACAACACCUACAAGAGCAACCAACGUGGCCAGUUGCUCGAUUCUAGUGAAAGGCUCACGAAGAGCAAACCAGCAGAUAAAGCCUGCAACACCGGGAGCCAAGAAUGUGAUAACAGUAGCAUCAGCGAGUGAGAUAUACAUCAUCGAAUACCAAACGCCAAAAAUACCCCAGAAACCACUUGCUCCUCGCAGCCACAACAGCCAUCGAAUCUCCUUCUUUCCAAAGGGAAAGUCGGGGGUUUUAUUCCACCACAUAUAAGCCGAACAGAAUAGUGCUGUGAUGGAGUGUCUCAUAAGUAGGGCCUGAACGGGAUGCAUGCCGUCGCCUUCGAGUUCGACUAGACGAGCACUGAGAUUCAUCAGUGCCCCGAAGAAUUGCGAUAGAGCAACGUAGGCAGCGGGCUUAUUCUUUAUCCAGAACUGCCUCCAUUUCGACGGUGGAGUUUCGGCUGGUAAAUCGAAUCCUUGCUGCGAGAAAUGUCUUAGAGGUAUUGGCGAGGGGCAAGGAGAUGGACUCGAUGACAUUCGGUGGAAGUCAUCAAAACUCGAACUAUCAACCUUUGAAGACAAGAGGUUUGGUGAUGGCGAAGGUGGUAACAAAUGCUGAUGUGAUUCAUGGGUAUCCCCGGGCAACAAUUUGCUCUGAGGAACCUCCUCAUACGGCGGAGGAGUUGGAUUCAUUGUGUAAGAUAAUAAAGCUACUUCUAGUCCAUGAGGUUGUCACGAUCAGUCAAUGACGAGAUACGGCACAGUAAGAAGAAAGAGCAAAGUCACAGUUGAGAAGCGAAUAGAAAUGUUUUGUUACAAAUAGGUAGGUAGGGAAAAAG